UACAUAGAGCAGAAACAUAUAUAAUAUACAAAAGAAAAGGCUAGGUUAUUAAUUAAAAAGGACCCAAAAUUAUUCCAAUAUGGACCCCCUCUUUUACAUGGUAUAAAUGGAGCCUGGCCAUCCAACAAUUCAUUGCAGAAAAAAGCUCCUUUCCCUCUCUCUUUUCCUGCUCCCUCCGGGCUUCAAGUUCCAGCAGCUUCCUGCUAUUCCUGUUACAUCACUCUGUCAGGAAAUAUGUCUAAGGAAGCAGACCUAAAGAAGAUUGAACUGAAGGUUUCUGUUAUCUGCUGCGAUGGCUGCAAGAGGAAAGUUAAGAAGAUUUUACAGGGUAUUGAAGGUGUUUUAAAGACUGAAAUUGAUCCUAUACAACCCAGAGUAACAGUCUUAGGAAAUGUGGAUCCACAAAUCCUGAUAAGAAAAUUACAGAAAGCUGGAAAACAAGCAGAACUAUGUAGCUUGGGGAGUCAGAAUGCUGGAAAAGAAAAGAAAGAAGCAGAUAUUGCACCAGUGUCAAUAAAAGAGAAAGAAACACCAAAAUCUGAGUCUGUUCAAGCAAAAUCCUCGGAAACAUUAGGCAAUGCUACUGAUAAAACUAAAGAAGCUAAAAGUACUGGGAAAGAAGGUGAGAACAAAGCUCCAAAGAAUGAUCAGAAGGAGGCAGGAAGCAAUGUAAACUCUUUAAUUCCUGAAGUUGUUAAAAAGGAAAAUCCUGCCCCACCUCAACCGCAAGCGAGCGAGACCAAGUAUCCGAACAUGUUUCAGGAUUUGAGUAAUGUCUGCACCUGGAAUCAGUACUGCUACAAGGUUGAACCUUAUGCAGUUGCAAUGCCCUAUUAUGCAAUUCCAUCAUAUACAGUUGCUCCUCUACCUCCAACAUGCUAUGGCCAGGAAUACUUAAAUCAAGAAAGGCCAGUGUUUCAACCACAGUUCCAGACACCUGCAGCACGAGUUGGGGAUUACUUUAGCGACGAAAAUACAGUGGGAUGCCAUGUGAUGUGAGGCCUGAAAAACUAUGCACCGAAGAUAAGGAAGAGGCAGUUAGUCCUUGGUUGGAUGAUUCAUUCAAUCAUACUUUUUUAAGGACAGAAUUAGCCAGCCUUUUCUUCUGUAGUCUACAUGGCUAUUUCUCAUUUUUUCUCCUUCUUCUUCCUCUUUGAUGACAAUUAGGACUGUCACUAUGCAAGCUUUUGUAAUACUUAAUUCUUAGCAAUCUAAUUCCUUGGAAUUCAUGACUUCAUCGAAGAAGAAAUAUAUA